CAGCUGGAAAGCACUGUUGCCUUGCUGUGAGGAGCAGAGAGGGAUCGGCUGGAGCCCAGCCUGAGCUCGCCCAGGCUCUUUCCCAUCCUGCUGCACUGCAAGGAAAGACCAGGAACAGGGUGAGCUGAUUGACUAACGGAGAGGCCGGAUCCUUGAGAACGGGCCAGACUUUUAGCUUAACCGAAGCCAACGCAGCUCUUUGGGCUCCCCCGGGAGCCUCGCGUCCAGCAAACAGCCAGGCAGGGCAUUGAUCCAAGUGUUACCAUGUGUGCUGGGGGAGGAGGUCUAUUUUAAUGACUGACCCAGGUUUCUAUCGAGCCUAGAGGCAUGGGGUCAGGCUGGGGAUGGGGACUGGGCUGAGCCAAUGCUCCUGCUGUGACUGAAACCAGGAGGGUCCUAGCUAGAGGGUCUUGCCCCUGCAUUCAAGCUCAGACUGACACUGCUUUAGGGAUAGGAAGGGACUUUUCCACUGGUCAGACUGGUACAGACUGGGUGGGGGGUACCUUCCUCUAUAGCAGGGGCACAGACUCUGCCUGGCACCCCCUUGUGUGUGUAUUAAUACCCUUUACAGGAGCAGGACACUGGUGGCCACGGUCCCCCUGCUAUCCCCGGGGCAGAUUGGGGUGUGAGGUGUUGUCAGGGUGGACGGUAGUUUUAUUUGGAGAUCAGAUGAUGGAUUUUGUACAGGACAGCUGGGAUGGGGCUGAUCCUGCCUUGGGCAGGGGCUUGGAUGAGGUGACCUCAGGAGAUCCCUUCCUGCCCUGUGGGUUUGACUUCUCCCCAAGGCAAACAGCUGUUUCCCAGCUGGCUUCUCUGCCGGUGGAACCGGUCCGGCCCGAGCAUUCGCAUUGCUCAGGAACGUGCAUCCACUCGGCUGCUGUGCAGACAAUACCUGUUGCAGGAGGAGGCUUGGCUGUCCCCAAAAUAGCAACAGCGCAAAGCGAUGGAGCUUCGACGCACGAGAGCAUUUUAUUGAAAAGCUAAAGUGGAAAGCGUCUCUGCAGGAUGAGUCCCCAGGUGCUAUCGGCACGGGGAGGGGAGGAGAGAGGCAGUGCUAGCAAAUGAGUCACUUGGAAAAGUCCCUUUUUGAGCCGCGCACCAAGGCCUUCCAAGUGAAAGGAGCUCCAAUCCGCCUGGGAUCGGAGGCGCUGGCGUUUCUGGGUCAUUGAGUAACAGCGCAGCCCAUUUCGCGGCGAUUAUCGCAGCUUAAAGCCAGAAAAUGGAUCCUAAGCACCGAGCCGAGGUCGUUAGGGGGAAGCCGCCGAGCGCUUCGUGGGCGUCAUGGACAGAAAGGGCAGGUAUUUUGGGGAGGACGACGAACCUCGGAGACCAGCUGUCCGAGGCGGUCGGCAGCUCCGCCGCUGCCCUCCCGUCGCCGAGAGAGCAGACUUGGAGAAGGACUACGCUGACCCAUUGGAUCCAGACAAGCUGGUCCAGUGCCCAUACGAUGCCCAUCACCAGAUCCGAGCCUGUCGCUUCCCCUACCACCUCAUAAAAUGCAGGAAGAAUCACCCUGACAUCGCCAAGCAGCUGGUCACCUGCCCCUUCAAUGCCCGCCACCGGGUUCCUCGAGCUGAGAUUGGCCAGCACCUCUCGAGUUGUGAGGACAAGAGCUGCAUCGAGCAGGACAUCGCGAGUCAGUCAGGUUCCUCUUGGCGAGUGGAGACCGACGUGGGCAACACAUGGCAGCCGCCCCCCUGCAAUGAGGAUUGGGAUGCUGAGCUGCAGGAAUCCUCAAGUUCUGGCUUCACUUGGGGCAUAGUCCACAGCAGCGAGACCAGGCCCAAUGUGCUGAUGGAGUCUAAGAGCAACCUUGCCUUGGGCAUGCGGGCUCCCAGGUCCUUGCCCUAUGCCCUGCCCUGGAAAAGGGGCAGCAACCUGCAAUGAGUGGAAGGGCCCCGGGCUACCAAGCAGAGGCAACUAAUGUGGAUGGAGAAGAAGUCAUGGCGUAGCUGCUGUUGCCUUCCUGUGGCCAGCCCAGGCACCCACAGAAAUGGACCCCUCUGUACUGUGGUAUUUGCCUCCAGCCUAGCCUCCCCGACCAGCCCACUGAGCCAACCACUGUUACCCCCCAGCGGGACCCUGCACCUAGCAUGGGUCGUGAGGAACCCCUGGCCGGGGAUCAGCACAUACCAGGGCCGGGCUCCUCCAUCUCUGUGUCCAGCUGUCAGUCGGACGUGCCAGCUGCACCGGCCAGGCGCCCCGCACCACAUGGGGGUGGCUGCUAGUGUUACCAUCUCACUCCUGUUACCAUCUCACUCCUUUAAACUCUAGGCCUCGGCCUUGGGCUGGGGCUUGUGUUACCCUACGUCAGCCCUGCCUGUCUCUCUGUGCGCGGGGUUGGACUGGCUGAGGAAGGUGGGGGGCAUUGAGAGGAAAUACUGUGUUUAAAUACCA